AUGGCAUCUUCAAUGAACAAAUUUAUUGGCAAUGAAUCAAAUAAAGAUGAAGAAACAUAUCAACUUCUCGAACAAUUUGAUCACAUUCUUAAACGAUCUGAAACAGAUAUCAGUUCAAAUAAGCCAUGUCAGGAAAAAAUGUGGAUUCUUGAUGAAAAAGGUGAAGAAGGAUUGAAAAUUAUCAAAAAAGAAAUGACUUAUGUGUCUGAUAUUUAUAAAAUUUUUGAUGAAAUUCUAGUAAAUGCUGCUGAUAAUAAACAAAGUGAUUCAACAAUGACAUCCAUCGAAAUAGAUAUCAAUCAAGAAAAAGGUGAAAUAAAGAUUUGUAAUGAUGGUCGUGACAUUCCAGUUCGUAAAUGGGCUCAAGAUGAAUCAAUCUAUAUUCCCACAUUAAUUUUUGGUAAACUUCUCACAUCAGAUAACUUCAAUGAUGAUCAAAAAGGAGUUACUGGUGGUCGAAAUGGUUACGGUGCCAAAGUAACAAAUAUUUUUAGUACAAAAUUUAUCGUUGAAACAUGUUCGAAGGAAUAUAAAAAAUCAUUUAAACAAGUCGAUUAUUUCUAUUUUUAUCUAUCAAUUAUCUGA